AUGCUAACUCCUUACCCUGAAUCUGAAGCCGCUGAUGAACGUCGGAAGCGUAUCUACAGUCGCGUUCAUUCCCGCACUCGGAUUGCAGUAGAAUGCGCCUUUGGCCGCCUCAAGAAUCGCUUCAGGAUUCUGUUAGCCAAGCUAGAACAGAAGACACCCGGUCGCAUUUGCAAAGUGAUAUAUAGCUGCAUCGUUCUGCACAACAUGCUAUUGGCUGUGAACGACAGCUGUGCAGUAAAUGGCGAGGAUCCGCACCGUGCAGAAUUACAAGUUCGAGACGACGAUGGAGGUCUUUCUGUUGCAGAGCAGUCAUUUUCGCACAGACUUGGAAAAACUAAAAGAGACGAUCUAGCAGACAUAUUCAUGUCGUAG